AUGGCGCCGCAAGUACCCACUGGUGGAUGCUUAUCAUCUUCAAAUGAUUGGACGGUGGUCGCAAUUCCCACGCAGAAUUUAUCGAAAUUACGCUUUCUCGAUGAUGACAACGUUGGUCUUUCGCUUCCUGCACUUGUUCAGCUUGCUUGGGCUGUCGUGCUGCGGACCUAUGAAGGAGUGGAUGAGGUUCGGUUUGCUUACCAAUGUCUUACGUCCGAGUCAUUCGCUAGAGAGGGCAAUGGGCGCUUAAAGGAAGUGUUUGUCCCGGAAGCUAGGGUUGUUUCUCUUCAGGGUCAGGUGACUCUGGAUGCUCUCAUAAUAAAGCCCCUUACUCAAGAAUGCGAUGGCGAUGGCAUCCCGGCUGAGCACGGGGUGGAUAGUAUGAUCCAAAUAUGGGGUUUGCCUGACGACACAAGAGAUACUGAGGAUUAUGCAAGGAAGCUUGCUGCAUCGAUGCCAAGGAUGCACCAUAUUUACGUCACAGCUAUCGUGUCUAAGAAUUAUCUGCACAUUUACCUUAGUUUCAAGCUUAGCCACUGGCUAGCAGCGCUCAGCCAUCAUGUCGCUGACGCCUUUCUCCAAUCAUUCAACAUAAUCAACGAGUGUCCAUGGACUUUAGUGAGUUGCUUGGACCUAGUGAGCCCCGAAGCUUUGAGUCAAGUUCAGGAGUGGGCAACCUACGCCCCAGAACUAGACCGUGAAGAUCAUAGUUCUUAUGAAAUUAUUGACCAGCAGCCCGCGGAAGCAUUGGCAAUUGACUCCUGGGACGGGAAAUUCACAUAUAACGAGAUCUCCCGUUUAUCGUCGUUGCUAGCCAUGGAGCUCAGAUCAUAUUGCGCCGUCCGCAAUGGCGACUACAUCCCGGUGUGCUUCGAAAAGUCUGCUUGGGCGAUAAUUGCUAUGCUAGCUAUUCACAAGGCUGGGGGAAUAUAUGUUCCUGUUGACCCUGCAUGCCCAGAGAAGAGAUUUGAGGAUAUAUUAUCCCAGGUCCAGCCGAAACUGAUUCUUACCUCGUCAGUGCAGCUUAGGAGGAGCUGCCUUACAUUUCUGAUGGACUCCACGGCUGUUAAACUGAUGGCAGUAGACCGUGACUUGUUUACCCGCUUCCAAGAUGAUGCACCCUACUGCCAUCCCCCGCCACCUUCAAAUCUUCCUGCAUACUGUAUUUUUACUUCUGGUAGCACAGGGCGACCAAAAGGGGUAUUAGUUGAGCAGCGAGCACUCAGCGCUAGCCUCCAGGCACACGGAGCCGUUCUUGGGCUCUGCUCCACAUCGCGGGUUCUUCAAAAUACUGCUUACACAUUCGACGUUUCGGUUACAGAGACUUUUGGAACACUAUAUCAUGGCGGAUGUAUCUGUAUCCCAGAAGAUACUGUUCGGGUUCAAGAUACUGCCGCCUGCAUUAAUCAAAUGAAUAUUAAUUGGGCGUUUUUCACCCCCUCCUUCUCUCAGAUUAUUGAUGCCACAUCGAUUCUAAAGCUUGACACUUUGGUUCUUGGCGGCGAAGCCGUUACGGAAGCUAGCAUCAACCAAUGGGCGUCUCCUCACCGAAGGCUCAUCAAUGCAUAUGGUCCAACGGAGUGCUCUAUUUUCUCGGUAAUAGGCGAUAUUGAUCUAAGCCGUAGGUCUGCUCGCAACAUAGGUCGUGCGGUGGGAGCAACUGCUUUUAUCACAGACCCGGAAAACCCAGCCCAAUUGAUGCCUAUUGGAGCUCCGGGAGAGCUGCUCUUGUCCGGCCCAAUUCUGGCCCGAGGAUACCUUGAGGACACAGAAAAAACUGAUGCAGCUUUCAUUCAACCUCCGCCCUGGUACAAAAAAUUUUUAUGCUCCAAAAUCAGAUCUAGAUUAUAUAGGACCGGAGAUUUAGUCCGGUACUGUGCCGAUGGGACCCUCGAAUAUCUAGGCCGGAAGGAUCGCCAGGUCAAGCUCAAUGGCCAAAGACUUGAGCUAGGGGAAAUUGAAACAGCAAUCAAAAGGUGCUGCCCAUUAGCCUCAGCCGUCGUGGAUAUUUUCCACCACCCCUUAAAGCAGCAACAGCUAGUUUUGGUAGCUUUAAUAGCUUUUGAGGACACUACGGACAAGAAUGGCUUGUAUGUUCUUUCUGAAAACAAACCCUGCGAAGUUGUAGAUGAGAUACAAUCCUCCCUCGACGGCCAUCUACCUAGGUAUAUGAUCCCCACAUUCUUCAUACCAAUAUCGCAAAUACCCUUGUCGACGGCAGGAAAGAUCAACCGUUUAGCUCUUCGUACUUUAGCGCUGGCUGUGAUACAAGGCGAUCUUCAGAAAGUUAAUACAGAAGGCUCACUUCCGCAGCUCACUGAAACAGAAAAGGUAAUUCAAUCAGCCUGGUCUGAUGUUUUAUCAGUGUCAAAAGAUAAGCUAGGGUUGGAUCACAAAUUCUUCCGCUAUGGAGAUUCGUUGGCUGCUAUUAAGCUGAUCAGACGAUUAAAAGACAAUCAAAUUGAUAUGACCAUCAUGGAUGUCUUCCAGAACCCAACAAUACUGCAGAUGGCGACUAAAGCACAAGCAUUACUAAAGCAGUCAUCAAAGAUAUACCAGGGCGUAUCCUUGCUCUCUCUAGGCGAUGGCGAUAUAGAGUUAAUAAGAGAAGCUGCAGGGCAAUGCCACUUGAGCGAAAAUAUGAUUCAAGUUAUCUACCCAUGCAGCCCAAUGCAGGAAGCAUUGAUGGCGAUUACCUUGCACAACCCUUCUGCAUACCAAGCACGAUACGUGUAUCGCUUGCCCCAAGAGGUGGAUUUGACUCGAUUUCAGGAAGCGUGGAGAGUGGUCGUGCGGGAAACUCCAAUAUUACGCACCCGCAUUAUUUCCACUACUCAGAAGCUGAUGCAAGUUGUCACAGGCGUUCAACCCCACUGGGAACUAGAGCGCAACUUGGAUACAUAUCUCAAAAAUUCCAGUCCAACACCAGCUCUCUAUGGUAGUGAGCUUACUAGCUUUGCUUUGGUGGAAGAUCACCUUGACAGCACGUUAACUUUCUUUGUAUGGACGAUCCACCAUAUCCUUUACGAUGGCCAUUCCUUACCCCUGGUGUUGGAAGAUGUCCAGCGCGUUUACUCAAACAUGUACCGAAUUCAUCGACCCAAUUUCAGCGAUUUUAUAGGAAACUUGAUGGCACAAAAUGGUGAUGCCGGGGAUGCCUUCUGGCUUAAUGAUUUGAAUGGUUUUGCAACCAAAACUUUCCCCCAUAUUACUGAGCCUGAGUAUCGUGCCGUAGCAGAUCAGACGAUUGUUUUUCAAUCCACUGUUCGGUGUCCAUUUUUAACAGAUUUUCUACCAUCUGUCCUGCUACAAGGAUCCUGGGCUCUCCUACUUUCUCGAUACGUCGAAUCAGAUGAUGUGGUAUUUGGAGUGACACUGAGUGGGCGUUAUGGUCAGGUCGAAGAAAUUGAACAGAUCAUUGGGCCAACUUUGAGUACGGUUCCUUUAAGAGUGCGUAUUGAUCGCCGACAAAGCGUGUCUAAUCUCUUAGGUGAUCUCCAAUCUCAUCUGGCCCAGGUGAUGGAGUUUGGUUCGGUUGGAAUGCAGAGAAUUCGGUCUCUUUCCUCCGCAGCCGCUCGCGCCUGUGAAUUCCAAUCUUUAUUGGUAGUUCAACCUCCGCAAUCGGUAGCGACGGAAGGGCUGUUCUGUCAAGAACGCUUAGUUCUCUCCAAGGAAGUGAUUGCGGGUAACGCAUUGACCUUAGAGGCUCAGCUGGUGGAUGACGGAGCAAUGAUAGUAAACGCCCAUUUUGACUCCACAAUUGUCACCGACAAGCAAGUUGAACGGAUAUUAAAUCAAUGGGACUAUGUCCUCCAGCAGCUGAUAAUAGGUGACCCUGGAAAGCCUAUAACAGCUAGUGCAGUAAUCAGCACUAGUGAUAUCCUACAGAUGAUUGAAUGGAACUCUAAUACCCCGGGGAUACAGUAUUCUACGAUACACGAACAGGUCGGCCGGAGAGUGCUGCAGAAUCCACAUAAGGAAGCCCUGUGUGGGUGGGAUGGAUCUCUAAGUUAUACCGAGCUUUGGUCGAUUACGGACCGCUUAGCUACACACAUCUCCGCACUUGGAAUUUCUCAUGGUGACCUAGUACCACUCUGCUUAGAGAAGUCAUCUUACUCUAUCGUUUGCAUGAUUGCAGUGUUAAAGGCUGGAGCAGCUUUUGUACCGUUGGAUGUUCGACAUCCCUUAGAACGACUUGAAGGCAUUGUCUCCCAAACAAAUGCUCGUCUCGUUAUUACAUCCCCUAAAUAUCGACAGUUCUGGUUAAAAAGACAGCAUAUUUCCAUCGAUAGAAAAAGUAUUGAGAUAUUGUCACAAAGCGCUGAAGUGUCAUCACUCCCUUCAGUCCCGCCCAGUGGGUUGGCGUAUGUUAUAUUCACCUCUGGUACCUCGGGACAACCAAAAGGUGUUAUGAUUCAACAUCAAGCACUUUGUACGAGUAUCGGUAGCUAUUGCGAGCCUCUAAACAUUCAUGAGUCAAUCCGGACUCUUCAGUUUGCCUCAUACUCAUUCGACGCAUCAAUCCUCGAGAUAUUUAGUACACUCAUAGUGGGAGGGACUGUAUGCACACCUUCAAUAGAUGAAUGCAUGGACUCAGUCGCACAAUCAAUUCAGAAAUACGAAUCGACUUGGGCGUUAUUGACACCAUCCGUCGUACAGACACUGAGUUUAAGCGAGGGUACAUCGCUUCAAACACUUGUUCUGGGUGGAGAACCGAUCACAAGCAUGGCCAUAGCUAUGUGGAAAGACAGGGUGAAGCUCAUCAAUGCCUAUGGCCCAACUGAAUGCUCCAUUGUGUGCGCGGCCAACCAUAUCCAGAGUUCCAAUGAUGUGGGAGUCAUUGGUAAACCGUGUGGGAGUGUCCAUUGGGUAGUUAACCCUGAUAAUCAUGAUGAGCUGUCCCUAAUUGGCGAGAUUGGGGAGCUUCUUGUCGAGGGUCCGAUUGAGGCUAUGGGAUACCUUAAUAAUCCAGAGAGGACCGCUACCGCAUUCAUCGCUCAUCCACCUUGGCGCCAAAAUAUUGAUAUUUCACCACAAUCUGCACGCAUUUACAAAACUGGUGACUUAGUGCAUUGGAAUGAGAACGGUACUCUUUCCUAUGUUGGGCGUAAAGAUCUACAAGUAAAAGUUCGUGGCCAAAGAUUGGAGCUGGAGGAGAUUGAAUCAAAGAUUUCCCAUCCAUCCAUCCAAGAGAGAGCGGUGAUACAGCCGCGUAGCGGACCGUUUGCAAAAAAGCUGGUGGCUUUAUUUACCAUAAAUUCACCCCCCGUGGAAGCGGACAACGAGCUCGGAAUUCUUUCCCUAGAAUCACGAAAUGAAGUGUCUGGGAUAUUAGCCUCUCUCCGGAAUAGGCUGCCACAAGAACUUCCAGAAUAUAUGAUACCAGACCACUGGAUCCCGUUGAUUCGAAUGCCGUUGACCUCCUCAGCUAAGACUAAUCGCAAAUCUUUGGUCGAAAUGGUUGAGAGGGUUUCUGAAGUGGCCCAUGUGCAGAUUAACCAAUUCAACGAGCAACCCAACCAUUCCAAGGCAAGCAGCCCAGUUUCACUAGGUCCAGUAGAGGAAACUCUUAGAAAAAUCUGGUCUAGCCUCCUGGGUGUACCCGAAUAUAGUAUUCAUGGAGAGACCUCUUUCCUCCGUAUCGGCGGGGAUAGUAUCUCAGCUAUGCAUCAAAGCUUUCUUCUUCGUAUGAGGUGGGAUGUUGAUCCCACAAAGAUAAUUGAGGCCAUUCAUGUCAUUGUCACUAGACAUCCGAUGCUCCGAGCAAGAUUUAGUCGAAAUUCCGAUUCGGCCUGGUCCCAGCGAAUAACUGAUGAUAUAAAAGGUUCCUACUACCUUAAAACUCACAAGAGAGCUAUCGAAGAUGAGAUAAUUCCGGAAAUCAUGCAAGAAUCCCGGCAGAGGCUCAAUGCUAUUAGUGGGCCUGUUAUGACAGGUGAUAUUUUUAGCUCUUCUGGGGAGAGUUGGCUGUUCCUGGCUGUGCAUCACCUGGUUGUCGACUUAGUUUCUUGGAGAAUUAUCCUUGACGAAGUAGAAUCUUUACUUUGUGGUUCCCCUCUAGCUCCGGUCAGUUCUAUUUCUUUCCCAGAAUGGUGCUCCCGGCAGGCUGAAUAUUGUGCCACAAAUAUCAACCUUGAUCAAACUUUCUCAAUAAAACUCCCAGCACCAAACUAUGACUAUUGGGGUAUGACGGAUAAGCCGAAUACCUACGGAAUGGUGGAGAGAUUGACCAUUACCAUUGACAAUGUAGUCUCUUCGCAAAUCAUCUCGCUUUGCGCAAACAGCUGGAGGUUAGAACUUUCCGAUAUUUUCAUUGGAGCGCUGGUGAUGGCGUUUCAUCGAGAAUUUUCUGAUCGGGAAAUUCCUGCUGUCUUUGUCGAACAUCAUGGUCGGGAACCAUGGGUCUCAGACAUUGACAUUACGGAAACAGUAGCAUGGUUCACCACUCUAUCACCGGUCCUUGGGAUAACACUCGAAGGUUCAUCCCAAGCAAACUUCACAGAUAUCCUUCGACGCACACGAGAUUGCCGCCGUCAACUCCCGGCUAAUGGCUGGGAGUUCUUUUCUUCGGCCUUUUUGACGGCGCAGGGAAAGGAACAAUUCAAAGAUUCCAUGUGUCCCGAAAUCAUAUUUAAUUAUGAAGGAAUUUUCCAACAGCUAGAAUCCUCUGAUAAGCUCUUGGAGUUAACUCCACAAGUUGAUGGGGAUUUAGCGGAUAUGGCUCCAGAUACACCACGACUGGCACUACUCGAGUUUGCGGUGCAAAUCCACCAUGGAACCAUCACGAUUUCCUGUAUGUAUAAUAGGGAAAUGCACUACACCAACCGUAUCAAAGAGCUUGUCUCAGAUUACGGACAGAUUGUUAAACAAUUUUCUGAUAUAUUUCGGGAUGAGUCGCCGCCCUAUUCACUGAGUGACUUUCCAUUUAUUUCUCUAACCUACCAUGGUCUCGACGAGUUGCUAAAAUCGGUAGAUGGUGAGAGUAUAGAGGCAAUAUAUCCUACCCUACCCACUCAGGACCUCAUGAUUCUUCGGCAACAUGAAUUUCCCGGCCUAUAUGUUCCUCGAAUUGCAUUUGAAAUUCAUACUACCGGAUUUCCUCUAUCGUCUACGAAGGUUGCCGAUGCCUGGAAGGAAAUUGUCAGCCACCAUUCAAUCUUGCGCACUGUCUUUAUCGAUGACCCAAUAAGCGAUAGAAGGCUCCAAGUGGUCCUAACACACCUAGAGCCAACCAUCCGCUACGUCCCAGAAAUGCCAUUCAUAUGUCCGCAGAACCCACAGUGGCCACAAGGCAAAGCGCACCAUACGCUUAUCAUCUGUGAACGGGAGGACAAACCCCCAUCAUUGCUGUUAGAGAUUAGUCAUACCCUCGUUGAUGUCAGAACCUUGAAUAUCUUGCUCGGUGAUUUUACGAAGGCGCUUGAAGGGAAUCUAUGCUUCGCUACUACGUCCUCAGGUUUUACGGACUUGAUUUCGUAUACAUUUGCCCCGUCAAAUAUAUCCUGCGCCACUGCAUUCUGGCAGAGUAAGCUCGUAGGAAAUAAAGAUUCCUGCAUAGGCCUUGCGCAUUUAGAGGGUGAAUACGGUGAUCUCCAAAAGUACCCAGUGUCGAUUGAAGAUAAAAUAGACGGUGGCCGCCACCUCCUCCAGAACAAAGAGGUAUCGAUUCCUAGUGUUAUUCGUCUUGCUUGGGCACGAACGCUUCGCCGCUAUCUUGAGUCUGACGAUGUCACAUUUGCUUUUGUCCUAAGCGGUCGAGAUAUCGACAUUCCCCAUAUUCAGGAUGUGGCGGGCCCGUUCUUGAACUUCGUCCCAUGUCGACUAUCCUUCAAUUCCUCAUCAGCAGGAAACCCUCCAACAUUAGAGAUGUUGCAGCGUCUGGACCAAGAUUAUCUCGAAUCCAUUGUCUAUCAAUCAAAUGCUUCCACCAUACCGUCUCGGCCAUUUGAUACAAUCGUCAACUUUCGAAAGCACAAGGCAGACGAACCAGACACAAAGGCCGGACAAAUGCAAAAAGCCUGGUUAGAAAUAAUCGACAGCAUCGACCCUUAUCAUUAUUCGAUGGUCUUAGAGGUGGAUAGUACUGAAAGGCAGCUCGAUGCUACUAUCACCUUUUGGACUGCUCGUGUUACAGCUGAGCUUGCAACACAAUUCGCGAACUCCUUCGCACAGGAGAUAGAAGCUAUUAUCGACGAGCUCUAG